AGUCAGUCAGUAAAUUUGUUAGUCAGUUCACGAUCUUCAUUUAAAAAAAAAGUUGAAUGACAAUUGACAAUAAUUGCACAAUGACUUGCAUUUGAAUAAUACAGUCGUACAAUUAUUCAAAAUACAAUAACAACAAGAGAGAGAGAGAGAGUAAUUUUGUGAGGAAAACCUACCAAGUGAGCUCACAGAAAACUAAUCAUUCGUGCUGAAAUUUAACAAAUAUGGGUUUACAGCAAGAACCUAUGUUAUCAGGCAAAACUGACCAGAAUAAAGAAACACCAGUAGUUACAAGUCAACCAGUAACUAUAAUUCCUUUACAAGACCAUCCAAUAACUUUGAAAUGUCCCAACUGUCAUCAAGAAAUUGUAACAAAGAUUAAAUAUCGUAAUGGUAUGCUAACUUAUGCAGCUUGUACAGGUUUAUGCAUAGUUGGGUGCUUCUGUGGCUGUUGUCUCAUUCCAUUUUGUGUAAAAGCAUGUAAAGAUGUUGAUCACAAAUGUCCUGAAUGCGGUCAUCACAUUGGAACAUAUCGCACGUUACAAGAAAAAUAUAUGAAAUAAUGUUGAUUUGCAAAUAUGUUGUGAUAUAUACUCUUGUAUCAAAUUGGUCAAUGAGUACGUUUCUUUGUUAAUUUUUUCUCACAAAUACAUUUGUCACGAAUAUAU